AUGAACGGUCCCGGUGUUGUCUGCCGCGACAUGAUUGGCGAUCCAUUCGACAGCAUCGUCCAGCUCAUGGUUCAGGACCGGUGGGGACAUUGCAUCGACCGCCAGAACCGUCCUCGGGACAUCUGCGACACCAAGUGUCUCCGCAGGGACAUCUGCGACAACAAGAGUCUCCGCAGGGACAUCUGCGACAACAAGAGUCUCCGCAGGGACAUCUGCGACAACAAGAGUCUCCGCAGGGACAUCUGCGAAACCAAGAGUCUCCGCAGGGACAUCUGCGAAACCAAGAGUCUCCGCAGGGACAUCUGCGACACCAAGAGUCUCCGCAGGGACAUCUGCGACAACAAGAGUCUCCGCAGGGACAUCUGCGACACAAAGAGUCUCCGCAGGAGACAGCUGCGAAACCAAGCCCCUCUAGCAAUGUGCAAGCACCUCUACGUGGUGCUAGGGACCAGUAUUCAUCUCCCAUCUCCCAUGGGGACUGAAGAAGCCAAGACUUGCACAGUAGAUAGACUAAAGCAUGAGCCAUAG